AUGGAUAGGUCUGGGCUCCAGGAUAAUCAAACAGCGACCCAGGAAGCACAGCGGGCCCCAGGGAAAGGGGCCGAGAGUUCCGGGACCCCACGUCGCGUCAAGAUCGCGACGUCAUUGCUAUGGGAUCUAUCCCGCUUCCUUGCUCUCCUCCCGAGGUUCAGCACCGACUCCAAGCUCGCGGCGGAGUUCCGCGUCACGCGGUCGCUGUCGAGCGGCGCGAACGUCCUCGCGAUGGAGGUCUCGGCGUGGAGUGCUGCCUCGUACCUCGAGGGCCAGGACAUGUGGCGGCUCAGCGGCAUCACCCGCGACGUGUACCUGUAUGCCAGACACCUCGGAGCCACGUACGAGACGUCCAGAUCCGCGCCACGGCCGAGGGUGACCUCGACGUCGCGAUGGACUUGA